AUCCUUCCCCCUUUCUGAGUUUGGAUAAAGCCAUUAUUCGCCAUUACGGGUCUCUUUCUAUUCAUAGCUAUGUUCUUCGAACCUCGCAUCUCGAUCUUCAAAUUUAUGUAAGCAGAUCUUUAAUCAAUCAGAGUCAUGUGUCUCAUCUCCGUUUGAAUGUGUUUGAUCCUCUUCGAUUCAAGUCGAAUCGGCGAUCGAAUCGACCAUUUUAGGGCUUAGUGGUUGAUUUUUGAGGAAAUUAGGGUUUGAAGAGCAUCGGACAAUGCAUUCGGUGCCUUCACUCGAAUUGCUUACCCGGCCUUAUGGUACCUCCUUCAAUGGCGGUUGUUCGUCUUCUCAUCGUUUGAGACAUCGUCUUGAGAAAGGUGACCGUCGUGGUAAUCUUAGUUAACAAUCACCCUCAUCCUUAGCGUCUAUAAUUACUCUUGUCGGUUUUUUCUUCCUUCUUUAUCUCCCGGUUUUUCUUCGUUGUCAUCAUAAUUUUGUUUUCACACGGCGAAUCUACUCAAUCGUUUGAUUGGAAACCCACUUUGACAUCCGGGAUUGUUUGGUUCCACGUUUGAGCAGAAGUUUGUUUGGACCUUUCUAUUCUCUUAUUUGGCGGAAGAAGAUAUGUUGAGUCUUGCAGAUGCAUACAAAUCGAAGUAAACUUUUACCAAUUGAAAUGGAAGCUUCUGCAGGACCCAAGAUCAAAGAACCGAUGAAGAUCGACUUCCUUUUUUUUUAAAUGCAAAUGGACAUUUGCUCCCGCAUUGGUUUCUCCCCUGAUGAUAUUAACCGCCUUCAUGGGAUCCAUUUGGAUACACUUGGGUCCACUUAUGGAGUCAUGGGAGAUUUUUCUGUGGAUGAACUUGCAUAUGGAGCAACCAAGUUUUUGAAUAUCCAAGAUGAUGAUGGUGUUUUGGGCUCCAUACCACCCCAUAAGAAAGGUGUGUUUCAGAUGAAAAAUGAGUGUGGAGAGGCUCAUCAAAGCGAAAUGAUUACCGAGGAUCAUAAGAAGCUUUUAAGCAAAUGUGCUAUAUUUCCUUGUUCAAGCAAGACCUUGUCCUCUGUUGCAGCAUCUGUUGGAGGGGCACGUAAGGGGAAAAUGAAAAAUGACACUGAUUAUACAACUAGUGGAGUCUCAACACAUGAUACUGCUAAAUCUAUUAAUCCUCCCUGCUCAAGUGCUAUAUCUCUACCUAAGCCUUUGAAGCUUGUAUCUGCGAUGAAAGGUAGCCAUGAGAAAGGUGGAGUGGGUCCACCACUAAAGAAGCUGAGCGUGAAGUGGGCCCCAGACGUGUACGACCCGGUACCCACAUCAGUGGUGAGCAACAGGGGUAGUAGUCGUAAGCAUAAUGGUAAGAAGAAGUCGAAGAAGAAGGGGAGUAGAGAAAGUAAAGGAAAAGAGAAGAAGCAAAGUCGUAAAAGAGGCGGUCGGAAUUCUUUGAAUUGUUAUAGUGAGCAGAAAGAGGAAGUAAUAUUUGUUUCUGCAGUGGACUUCCAUCUAGACCUUGACCUUUUCUGUGGUAGUAGUUUUCCCAAUCCGUAUGGCUCGAGUUUGCACCUCUCGUCAAUUGCGGAGGCCACCUAGCUAGCUUUUCACGGUGACAACACAGGAUCCUUUAAAAGAGCUUUGUUGGUUUUGUAGAUAUUGUGGUGGAAAAGUUGUAUAAGUUGGGUUUAAUCGGUUAUGGAUUGAUUUUCGUGAGUGUAAGAUAACUGUAUUGUUCAGAAUC